AUGAAAUCAGUUGUGUGCAGUAACGAAGUAACCAAAGCGCAAAACAAAAGGGUUUUAGUUACACUUAUUAACCCAACCAAGGAAGUAAUAAAACUUAAGAUGCCGAAUCUAGCACAACUGGUUCACGAAGAAUUCAAGGAAGCACUUAUUAAUUUGGUUCUAGUCAAAAAUCUGCAAGAGGAACCUCAACCAAUCAGUUGCUGA